AUGAAACAGAUGUUGAAAGAUUUUUCAAAUCUAUUGUUAGUCGUGCUCUGUGACUACGUUCUCGGCGAAGUGGAGUAUCUCCUGUUGGAGCGUCCAGGUCAUGUAGCCUUCAGCAAUGACACAGUGUCUGUGGAAUAUCAGUACUAUAGUGGUGGUAAUGCGACAGCAGAGCAUCUGUCCAUCCUAUUGCUGGAUGCCAGCACCAAUGAGAUAAUUGCAAGAAAACAACUUCCAGCAAAUCAUUCCCAGGGGAUGGUAGAGUUUGAGUGUUUCCAUUUCAAGAGAGCUGGGGACUUCUUGUUCAGAAUGGUCUCUCCCAGCAAUAAUGGCAGUGCUGCCCAGUGGAGCAGAAGAAGCAUGUCCACCCUCCACGUGGAGUGGCCUGUAUUUCACAUUGAUUUGAACAAGAGUUCAGAGGUGCUUGGGAGCUCCCUUCAGGUUGGACUUUUUACAAAUGAGCAAUUGUGUGCUAUGAACGAGACAGUGGUUUCACUGGAUGUGAUAUUCACCAGCACUCUUUAUGAAUUCGGAAGAGUAAGCUCUGAUGAGACUCUGGGCAUUAGAACUAGCAAAGGAAUCCUGCUCUCCAGGUCCCAGUGGGUAGAGUUUGAUUGCCCACCUGUUGGUCAAGAAACAUACAUCACUGUGUUACUGAAAUCGUUAGAAACAUAUUCCAUCAUUGCCUCCAUAGGACCCAUAGAUCUCCUCCACAAAUUUGGAUACAGACUGGUUGUGGCACCAGAAGCAACAUGCAAAACUUUGGUUCAAGUCUUUGUAGUCUCUCCACCGUGCACUACAAUCAGCGGAAAAAUUGUCGUCUAUAAAGAGGCUCUCAAGCACCCUAGUCAAAGAACAACUUGGCUGUAUGAAAACACCCUUCACCCAGGAGACAACAGGACAGAAUUUAACUGCACUUUGUUUGAUGUGGGGAAGAACAAAUACUGCUUUGACCUCUUUAAUUUCUCAAACCGAAGCCAUUUCCCAACAAGAGUUAAGGAGUGUAUGAUGAUCCAAAGGAAUAUGGAAACGUGGAGCCCGUGGCAGCCCUGGAGCCCCUGCAGUGUCACCUGUGGGGACGGUGUCCGGGAGCGCUUCCGAGAAUGCCUAACCUCCUCGCCGGCAAAACCAGGUUGUGCUGGAUCACCAAGGGAAACUUCCUUGUGUUCGCUGGAGGAGUGUUUGUCUAUCAAGCCUCCCACCCCACCUUCUGUCCAGCCAGGAGAGGACCAGAAAGCAAAUAAUAUAGUCACCAUCACAGGCAUCUCCCUAUGCUUAUUCAUCAUCUUUGCCACUGUUCUCAUCACCCUCUGGAGGAAGCUCUGCAGAGCUCAGAAGUGCAGCACCGCUGUCCGCCGAAACUCCAUCCAUUCCCCUGGAUUCCGGAAAAACUCCGAUGAAGAGAACAUUUGCCAAGGCAACAAGCAGCGGGACAGCUUUGCAGAAGGAGGAGAUGCCCCUGUUAACAUUCCUCUGACCUACAGGCGAAGCCUCCAAUUUGCCCAAGAAGAUGAUGCCUCUGGAAGCGAGAACUUUCAGCCAAACGCCCAAAAAAUAAUCCCUCCGAUUUUCAGCUACCGCCUCGCACAGCAGCAGCUGAAAGAGAUGAAGAAGAAAGGCCUGACUGAGACCACCAAGGUGUACCACGUCUCUCAGAAUCCCCUCACGGACACGGUUGUUGGUGCCACCACGAUGCUUCCCCUGAGCGGGGAAAACCAAGAGGAGGCAGCGGCAAACAAAUUUAGGAUCAAAUCUCCAUUUCUGGACCAGCCAGCCAGUCAGCCCAAAUUCCCAGGGGAAAGCUCUCACCCUAGGCUGGAUUUUCCAUUCUCACAGGCCAAUCCUGCAAUGAGCCCUACCCAAACCUUGAUAAGAAGAGCUCAUUUCAAGCACCAGGAUAACAGGGGGGGCUUGUCUGAGAGGGGCUUUCACAGAAACACGCAGUUUAGAAGAACAGCCAGUUUCCAUGAAACUAAAAAGGCCAGGCCUUUCAGAGAGAGAAGCAUGUCCACCCUCACCCCCCGACAGACUCCUCUCUACAACUCCAGGACCAGAACGUGGGACCAGGGUUUGGAGGACAGGACGCGGCCAAAAUCGAGAAACACUAAUCCAACUUGUGAAAAGCUGGAUCAGCCCCACAGCACUGUGGCGGGGUGUGAACCACAGGGCCAUGGCACAAAGUGCCACCACAGGGCAGGUCCCCCGGUGAAGAAGCUGGACUUGAUCACUGACCGCCAACCUGCCAGUCAGGAGAAGGCAGCUGAUAAGCCUGAGCCCAGCGGAAGUAAGAGGGGCCCUUCACCUAACCCCAGAGGUGCGUGGCGGAAGGAAGCGGGCUCGGCUAGCAAAGAUAAUUCCCAGAGAGGCCUAAGUGUAAGCCCUGCCCAGUACCGAAGGGACAAGUGCCAGAGCUUCCCCUUGGACCCUGAGUUUGCCUUUUAUGAUAAUACUACUUUUGGUUUAACAGAGGCAGAGCAGCAGAUGAUCGACCUCCCUGGGUAUUUUGGCUCAAAUGAAGAGGAUGAAACAAGUACUUUAAGCAUUGAGAAGCUGGUGAUCUGAGUGACUCAUUGCAGCCUGGUAGGAGGGGCGUGCGCAGGAGAGGAUCUUCAGGAUCUGUUGGUUUCUGGUGGAAGGAGCAGUGGGAAUCGUGUUCCCUCCACAUGCAGCAGGAGGGAAUAGUGCCCCAAGUCUGGCUUGUGGGAACACAUUCCUUUCUAAUUACUGGAAAGUGCUUCCAUAUAAUUUUUUUUUGUAUGUAUGUGUGUAAAAUACACACAAAAUACCCUGGGAAAGCAUGUGUUAGUGAAGGCGUGAUGCA